AUGACCGCGAGGCUGGUGCGCGAAGGGCGCGCGCGGCUUCCGCGGAAACGCGGCGGGGCUGUGGGCGCGGCGCGGGCUCCUUUAAGGCCGCCCGCCCGCCCCGCCGUGUGGGCCGGGCUUGGGAGGGGAGGCGAGGCGGCGCCUGGCGCCGGCAGCCCCGAGCGCGCUUCACCUGCCGCGCAGAGCGGCGGCGAGGAGUUCCGGGCGAGAGCCGAGGCGGCGGCGGCGGAGGCAGCCGAGUCGCCGGGCUCGGGGCGGGGGGCCAGGGCCAGCCGGAGGGAAGGAAGGCAGGAAGGCAGGCAGGCAGCCCCGUGGGGCGGGGGCGCUGGGGCUCGCCCAGCCCGGGCUGCGGGGGAAGGCGGCGGCGGCGGCGGCGGAGGAGGAGGACGCGGCGAUGCCGGCGGGCUGGGGGAGCCUGGUGCAGGUGCUCUGGCUCUGCGCCUUCGGGGGGCCGGCGAGGGUGAGUCGGGGCGGCCGGGGAGGGGAGGGUUGCAGCCGGGGCCAGACUCCCGGCGCUUGCCGGCGGGGCUCCGGAGGGGAGAGCGGGGCGGCCGCGCCGCCGCAGCCCGGCUCGGCACGCCCGGAGCCGGGGAAGAGCCCCUGCCCGCCCGCCUGCCCGCCUCUCCGCAUGCGGCGCGGACGGUCCUCCCGCGGCGACGGGGACGCGGGGCUUCGGAGCUCGGAAGCGCCGGGCGGCUUCGCUGCGGAGCCGCGGGCCGGAGGGGGGACACGCGUUCGCGCGCGCACAAUGGGGAUCUUACAGUCCGACCCACUUGUAAGCCGGGCUUCUCGGAAGACGAUUACACGGCUCUGGUUUCCCAAAACAUCGUGGAAGGGCAGAAGUUACUCAAAGUGAAAUUUAGCGACUGCUCAGAGACCAAGGGAAUCCGCUAUGAAACCGACAACUUGGACUUCAAGGUGAGGACCGACGGAACUAUCUACGCCACCCAAGAAAUGCAAAUCCCCUCGGAGCAGACAAGGUUUAUGGUGACGGCAUGGGACCUCCAGGCCUUAGAAAGAUGGGAAACAAUGGUCAGGUUACUGGUGGGAGACAGAUCACAGCACAAGGGACAUAAGAAAGGAAAGAGGAACGCGUCGGCAGACCUCCUCCAGCAACCCGGCGAUGUUCUCCUGCCCUGGCGCCAUCAUCAGAAUUCGCAUGGGCUGAGGCGGCAAAAACGAGACUGGGUCAUCCCGCCGAUCAAUGUGCCCGAAAACUCGAGAGGACCCUUUCCUCAGCAGCUGGUUCGGAUUCGUUCAGAUAAGGACAGUGAGAUUCAUAUACGAUACAGCAUCACUGGAGUGGGGGCUGACCAGCCCCCCAUGGAAGUCUUCAGCAUCGACCCCGUGUCGGGGAGAAUGUACGUGACACGUCCGAUGGAUCGAGAAGAAAGAGCAUCCUACCAUCUUAGAGCCCAUGCAGUAGAUAUGAAUGGAAACAAAGUGGAGAAUCCAAUCGACCUCUACAUUUACGUCAUUGAUAUGAAUGACAACAGGCCCGAGUUCCUCAACCAAGUCUACAAUGGAUCUGUUGACGAAGGAUCCAAACCAGGGACCUACGUGAUGACAGUAACAGCGAAUGAUGCGGACGACAGCACUACAGCCAAUGGGAUGGUGAGAUACCGGAUUGUGACUCAGACCCCACAGAGCCCCUCGCAGAACAUGUUUACCAUUAACAGCGAGACGGGAGACAUCGUCACGGUGGCGGCUGGACUCGACAGAGAGAAAGUUCAGCAGUACACUGUCAUCGUUCAGGCCACAGAUAUGGAAGGAAAUCUUAACUACGGUCUCUCAAACACAGCAACGGCGAUCAUUAUGGUGACAGAUGUGAAUGACAACCCACCCGAAUUCACUGCCAGCACCUAUUCCGGUGAAGUCCCAGAGAACCGAGUGGAAGUUGUGGUCGCUAAUUUGACGGUGAUGGACAGAGAUCAGCCCCAUUCGCCCAACUGGAAUGCUGUUUACCGGAUUAUCAGCGGAGACCCCUCGGGCCAUUUCACCAUCAGGACCGAUCCUGUUACCAAUGAAGGCUUGGUUACGGUUGUGAGGGCGGUCGACUACGAGAUGAACCGGGCUUUUAUGCUGACAGUGAUGGUGUCCAACCAAGCCCCUCUAGCCAGCGGCAUCCAGAUGUCCUUCCAGUCUACAGCCGGGGUCACCAUUUCAGUCACCGAUGUCAACGAGCCACCCUACUUCCCCGCCAACCACAGGCUCAUCAGAUUGGAGGAAGGAGUCCCGACAGGGACAGCGCUGACUACCUUUUCGGCAGUGGAUCCGGAUCGUUUCAUGCAGCAGGCUGUGAGAUACUCCAAGCUGUCAGAUCCUGCAAACUGGCUGAGCAUUAAUGCCACAAAUGGUCAGAUCACCACCACCGCCAUCCUUGAUCGCGAGUCAGCCUAUAUUAAGAACAAUGUCUACGAGGCCACGUUCCUGGCAGCUGACAACGGUAUCCCUCCAGCCAGUGGCACUGGCACACUGCAGAUUUAUCUAAUUGACAUCAACGAUAACGCUCCGGAGCUCCUGCCAAAGGAGGCGCAGAUCUGCGAAAAGCCAAACCUGAAUGUCAUCAACAUCACAGCCGCCGAUGCUGACAUCGAUCCAAACGUUGGACCCUUCGUCUUCGAGCUGCCAAGCGUGCCAUCUGCCAUCAGGAAGAACUGGACCAUUACACGGCUAAACGGUGACUACGCCCAACUCAGCUUACGCAUCACAUACUUGGAAGCUGGCGUAUAUGACGUUCCAAUCAUUGUGACAGAUUCAGGAAACCCUCCUCUGUUCAACAUGUCUAUCGUUAAAGUCAAGGUGUGCCCGUGUGAUGAGAACGGAGACUGUACCACGAUUGGAGCUGUAGCUGCGGCUGGACUGGGAACUGGAGCCAUUAUUGCCAUCUUGAUAUGUAUCAUCAUUUUACUAACCAUGGUGUUGCUCUUUGUGGUGUGGAUGAAACGCCGGGAAAAGGAGCGGCACACGAAACAGCUCCUCAUUGACCCUGAGGACGAUGUGCGGGAUAACAUUCUGAAAUACGACGAAGAAGGAGGGGGAGAAGAAGACCAGGAUUAUGAUUUAAGCCAACUUCAGCAGCCAGAGAGCAUGGAUCAUGUUAUGAACAAGGCAAAUGGAGUCAGACGAGUAGACGAGAGACCAAUUGGCGCUGAGCCCCAAUAUCCUAUAAGGCCUGUAAUCCCCCAUCCUGGGGACAUUGGGGACUUUAUUAAUGAGGGCUUGAGAGCGGCAGAUAACGACCCGACGGCCCCUCCGUACGACUCCCUCCUCGUCUUCGACUACGAGGGCAGUGGUUCCACAGCGGGCUCGGUCAGCUCGCUUAACUCGUCGAGCUCCGGAGACCAAGACUACGACUACCUGAACGACUGGGGGCCCAGGUUCAAGAAACUGGCGGACAUGUAUGGGGGCGGCGAGGAAGACUAAAAUGACCUCACUUUUAUUGUUUUAGUACAAAAAGAGAGAAAAAAAGAGGAAAGCUCUAGUGUUAGAAGAAGAGGAGGAGGAAAGAAGGAAAAGAAACCCAACAAUGAAGAAGAAAAGGGUGAAGAAGCAAGAACUGUAUUGAAGUGACGGCUUCUCUAAUUAUUAUCCCCUGCUGACUGUAUUCCUUUUAGUGGUGAUUUAGAAC